ACAGUCAGAAACGAGAUACGGCCGGGCUCGAUACCGAUAACAUCUUGGACUUCCUGCGAAUCCUGGCGUAUCCACAAGACCUGUGCGGGGAGGCGCAAGACUCUAUGACCCUUCCAGAGUACCCAACCAGACCCGUCGACAGAUCCGUAUGCGAUGUCCGUAACGCGCUUACGGGUCUCCUUGUCGUUCCGCUCAUCCAAGCGCUGUCGGCAUUUGAUCGUCCGAAACAUUAACAAUGGACCCUGUGUCUUCCGCCAACAACAUCACCGCCCUCUUUUCCUCUGUACUGCAGGGCUUGAAGUCCGUCCAACUCGCCCGCAGCUUUGGGGAUGACCUGAAAGUGCACCAGCUCAGGCUCGAGAUCAUCCGCCUCCGACUCUCGCGAUGGGGGCAGGCCACGGGCCUCUGUUCCGACGAGACCGAAGGAGGCGGUGACGGAGAAGACAAGAACAAGGGCGCAGUCCUCCAAGAGAAAGCCGAUGAGAUUGAGGACUUGCUCGACGCCAUCAGGAGCCUGCUCAGGAAGAGAGAGAAGUAUGAAAUGCAAAGCCCAACAUUUGGAAAUUUCAAAUACGGCACUGGUAAGAGACAGUAGUUAUCUCAUACUAGUAC